AUGGCGGAGACCUCCGUGCACGGCGCCAUCCACCGCGAGUGCUCCGCUCCUCCUCUGAGCCGUAGGGACCUUAUCAGCGGCUUGCCCGACGCCAUGAUCCACAACAUCUUCUCUUUUCUGCCCAUCCACGACGUCGUCAAGACCUGCGUCCUCUCCAAGCGCUGGCGGCCCACUUGGACCACCGCCACCGACCUUGUCUUCGUUGGAUACGAUGUAUACUUUGAACCCCCGCCUGACAGUCCCUUGUUCUUCCCGUCCAUUGUCGACAGCGUCCUGAGUCAGUUCUCCUCCCCCACGGUGAAGAAAUUCCACCUCACCCGCUUCAUGUACGACGAGGCCGACCGCCCCAGGAUCGACCUAUGGCUCCGGUUCGCGGUGCGGCGCUCCGUGGAGGAUCUCCGCUUGCGGCUGUCUCAACGGUCGCGGUUUUUUUAUGUACUGCCGGAGUUCUUGUAUUGCUUCAGCCGGUUGGUGCGCCUGGACGUCGGUAAGUGCUGUUUCUCGUUGGAUAUGACUAUUUGGUGGCCUUGUCUUAAGGUCUUGUCGAUCGAAGAUGCCCAGUUGAGUGAUGAUUUCCUCGGGCGAAUCUUCAGGGGAUGUCCUGUUUUGGAGUCCCUUGUGUUGUCCAGCUGCGAGGGCGUGAACAACAUUAUAAUUGAUUCGUUAUGUUUGAAAAAGUUGGUGCUCGUUAGCCUCGGCUUUGGUUCUUACGUGAAGAAACUUUGCGCCCCGCAUUUGCUUUCCUUGCGCGUAAUAGGAGGGAAUCAUGCUGGGUUCAGACUUGACGACGUGUCUUCUUUGGUGGAAGCCGAUUUAGAUUUUUCCGUUGAAAGUCGGGAUCCUAAUUCCAAGGGCCGCGACUUGUUGAGGCAUCUUCUUGAGAAGGUGCGCGGAGUUCCUACCAUCACCACCGGCGGUUGGUGUUUGCAGUUUCAGCUUCAUCGAGAAUCUGAAGAACGUUUCAACUUUGACGAAGAAGAUUUUUUGUGCUCACGGAAGGGGAACUUUGAAUGUUUGGUGAAACAUCUCAAAAGAGUUGAGAUCGUCGGCUGUGAAGCUUAUGUUGGUGAGUCGAAACAUCUGCUCGCCCUAAUUAAGUUCCUUCUUGGGGAUGCACUUGUGCUGGAGAAGUUGAUUAUCAAGGCUAAAUUGCCGCCCACACCAGAUGGACAAAAACAACUUCAAGUGAUCCAAAAUGUGCUCAGCUAUCAAAGAGCUUCCAAAAAUGCUGAAAUUGUCUUUGAUUAUCAUUUCAAAUAG